UGAUAAGCGAUAAAAAACAAAACUAAACUAUUUCCAAACCACGUACAAGGGGUAUAAAUACAAUUUGGCCACUGAAUCUACAGUAUAGAACGAUCAAUCACUCAGUGUUGAUACAUUGGAAGCAAAAAUAAAAAACAACAAAAAGCAAAGAAAUUAAUUAUUUGUGCAAAAAAGGCAACGAAAAUGCUGUAUAACAAGAAUUUUAUAAUAUUUGUCGCACUCUUCGCUUAUUGUAGUGCACACUCAGUAAACACGCUCACCGAUCUGCAAAUAGAGGAGGAGGAUUCGGAGCAGCCAUGUCCAUUGGUGUGCCCGGCUAUGUAUGCGCCGACUUGCGGCUUUGAUGGCGCAGACUAUCAGGAAUUCGUCAACCCUUGCAUGUUAAAUUUGGCCAAUUGUGAACGUCAAAAGACGCGUUCGUUGAAGAAACCAUUCACUCAAACCGAUAUCGAUUGGUGCGCUACAAAGUUGGUAAAUCUGUAUGACUGGUUGAGUAAAAUGGAUGUGGAUCUGAAUAAAUCGGAAUGCCUGAAACCUUGUCCGAUGAUUUAUGCACCGGUGUGCAUUUCAAAUGGAAAAUAUCGCGCCACAAUUCCAACCGCUUGUCUACUGGACCAAUUUAAUUGUGCGCUGAAUGGCACUAAAUUGAGUUCCGAUCUCUUUAGGGUAUUGAGCUCUUAUAAAUGCGAGCAGUCCUAAGACCUCAGCAGUAGAUGUGGUAACAAUUUGCGCUUGUGAACAGGAAAAACUUAAUGCAAAUUAAGAAAAAAGAAACUUCAAUAAAAAUUUUCUUUUGAAGACUUCAACGAAUCUAUUCAAAUAUUUAAGCGAAUAUAUGUAUGAAUCUACGUUUUAGUUAGUUAGAAGUACUUGUAGGUGGCAGGAAAUAGGCAUACAGUCUGCGUAUUUUGUUUGGUACAAUAAAUUUUUCAUAAUAUCUUAUCUCACAAAUAGUAGCGCUUUAAAUCACUUAUUAGCUCUACAUAUCUACAUA